CUCACUAAUUGGAAUCAGUCAAUCACCAUUCAACGAAAUUAAUGGGUGUCCUCUAAUUUCCCAUUAUUUUCUCCACUUUUCACUCAACAACUCUAUAAACCCACCCACCACCACACAUUCUUCCAUUUCUCAGCCCCAUUUUGCCAAAUCCUUUUUCCAUCACCAUAACCUCUCUUUUCUAGUCUAUUAUAAUUCUUUUCUACCAUGUAAACUCCAGGUCCAUUUUCUUUGUUCCCUCACAUUAUAUCCCAAACACGACCACAUCAUUCCUCAUUCUUUUUUGUUUGGUUUUGUUGUUGUUGGUUUUGAUUUUGGUUUGGUUUUAAGUUUGUUUAUAUAUAUAGCUUAAUGAGAUAUGGACCCAGGUGAGCUACGUCGGGUUUUUCAAAUGUUUGAUCAAAAUGGGGAUGGAAAGAUAACCAAGAAGGAGCUUAGCGACUCGUUAGAGAACUUGGGCAUAUUCAUUGGAGAUAAAGAACUUGUUCAGAUGAUUGAGAAGAUUGAUGUGAAUGGAGACGGGUACGUUGAUAUUGACGAAUUUGGGGCAUUGUACCAGACGAUAAUUGAGGAGAGAGACGAGGAGGAGGAUAUGAGAGAAGCAUUCAACGUGUUCGAUCAAAACGGUGAUGGGUUCAUCACUGUGGAUGAGUUGAGGUCGGUGUUGCAAUCGCUAGGGUUGAAACAAGGGAGAACCCUAGAAGAUUGCAAGAUGAUGAUAAAGAAGGUGGAUGUGGAUGGGGAUGGGAUGGUCAAUUACAAGGAGUUCAGACAGAUGAUGAAGGGUGGUGGUUUUGCUGCAUUGAGUUCAAGCUGAUAUGAUAGAAAACAAGAAAAACAAAAACAAAAACAAAGAAAACACACAAACAAAAGAUGUACAAUGUAAUAUGAACUUUUGGAAUAUAGAGGGGGAGAUGAGGAGGAAAGGGAAUCUUUUGUUGGAGACUUCUUGUAUCAUGUAUCAUGUAUGUUUGUAAUGAGUACAACCACCCCAUGCAUAAUUGUGGAUUUUCAUAUUAUCACAACCUUUAUAUAG